CCGACGCCGACCGAGCUCGCCGCACGCCGGCGGCCGCGCCUCCCCUCCCCGUUCUGAGUCUCGGUCGCUGAACCCAGCAGGCGCCGGAGGCGGCGAGGUCCACGCCGCGACUUCGCGCGGAGACCUUGAGCCUGCGCCGGCUGCUACGUAGGAGCGAUUCCUCUGUUUGGUGCCCAUGAGCAAGAAGAAGAGCAAGUCUCAGCUGCCAGCAGUAAAGGCGCCGUUGAUAGAUGGUGAACAAGGAGUAACUUCAGAUUACAUUGGAGGAGAUGAUCUUGAUGACCUGUUGUCGAAGCUUACUAGGAGCGUGGAGGUUGCAAAGGCUUCAAGGGGAGGGUUGCCGGAAAAGAUAUGGAUGAAGCGACAAUUUGCUAUUGGAGUCAAUGAUGUUACAAGGGUUCUUGAGCGAAUGCCUGCUGCUGCUGUUACUCAAUCUGGUCCCUGUUCUAGUGAAGCACAAACUGGCAAAGCUCCUCUAACAGCUCCUUCGGUGUCACUUCAGGCUGUCCUAGUAGCUGCGGAUUGCAACCCUAAAUGGUUAACAAAACACAUACCAACCCUGGCAUCUACAAGGCAGGUUCCUGUGUUGUGCCUGAAGGACAACAAAGAAAGUUCACUGAGGUUAGGUCAAGUGGUGAAUGUCAGAACAGCCCUGGCCAUUGGUGUAAAGGCCAGAGAUAGCAUAAUCAAUAAGGCCGUUGAUGAAGCCCUGAGGACUGCUAAUCUGGUUGCCAAUGAAUCGUAACUGAACUCCCGGUCCAAUCUCAGUAACAUGAUGGGCGAAAUCUGAACCUCUGUAUGCUCAGCAUUUGAGUAGGCAUCUUAUCAGGUGGUCAUGGGGAUGAGCAUUGGCUUAGAGAAGUUUCUGAAGGAAAUCAGGGUUAUUAAUUUGUCUUCCCAGGUUUAUGAAGAGUAGGGCAGGCUUGUUUGUUCGGUUCGUGCUGUUUAGUUGAACAGAGUAUGUGUAGGAUAGCAUGUUCUUUAAUAUUUAUGGUGCAAUUUGCUCGAGGUUUAUGGAGCCCUCUCUUUGAGGAUAAUACGGCAAAGUUGCUCAUGCAUAGCAGGGCGUAUGUAUUUGAGUCUUGUGGAUGUCUGCCUUUGUACGAUGUAGAUCAUUAGCUUAACCAGGAGAUGCACCAAGUCGCUUGACAAAUGUUGCAAUACAUCGUCGUGUGAAAAAAAAAACAUUUUUUUUGAACGUCAGCGUGGCAUGUAGAAUACAACUUUGACGGUUAAUUUCUAGUGCAAAGCACUUUAUGCAUCUAAUUUAACUAUU